UUUCAAUCAAAAUUCAGUGCUGAAAAAACUCAAAAAAAAUGUCUUUGCAUCGCCCAAUAGUUCUAGAUAUCCCAGAAACAAGCAAGAAAAAGAUGAGCCCUACAAAGAAGAAAAAAAUGUCGCAAGGUUUAACCUCGCUGCAGGGCGGCUCUAACAAGGUGUUCAUACAACGCGAUUACAGCGAAGGCACCUCGGUCAAAUUCCACACACGACUUCCCAGCGAAUUAGAAGGCCUGAUUGAACGGCAAGUAUUUGAGUCGACCAUUAAUCGGCUAAAUGAAUUUUUCGCAGAAGCCGAGAAGGGUUCUUGUAGUACAUAUUGUGAGGGUUGCAUCGGAUGCAUUACCGCUUAUCUUGUGUAUAUGUGUUCGGAAACACACUAUGAAAAGACACUUCGGAAAAUAUCCAAAUUUAUUGCUUCCCAAAACGAGCGAAUUUACAAUCCGAAAGGAUUGCAAGUUAUCGACCCGACAUAUCGAGGUUUGCGCGUCAUAGAAAUAUCAGUGUUAGAUCGUCCAGGGCGAACGUGACUCCCACUUUCCCAUUCGACCGAAGAGUUUUUUAUGUGAAAAUAUUUGGGGUAAGAUUUGUGACAACAACAAGGCAUCCGAAUAAUGCUCCGAUUAUUCACAAUUUUAUUAUUAUGUUAUAGCAAUUUUAGUAUCGAAAGCCAAGUCUAAUUUAAUCAUUUUAGUUACUCCUAAUUGUAAUAUAUUUAUAUAAAUCAACAGUAAUAGAUUCAGGCUAAUGAACAAAAAGCCAUUGAAACACAAAAUUCACAAAAAUUUUGGCUUCUGAAGUUAACCCACAAAAAUAAUAUUUAUAAAUAUUGUGUGAGUAGAUUUGAAUUAAGAAAAUAUUGCAUUUUAUGCCCUAUUUAUAUUAUUUGUACUGAAUUUAUAUACCCAAAAUACAAGUCUUUAUAAGUAAAUUUAACAAGACACGCGAUAAGCCUCUGUGUCCAACUAAGGCAUAGAUGAUUGGAUUUAGUGAAAAUUAAAAUGAUUACGGCUUUAAAAGUUGUAAGCAGAAUUUCACAAACCAACUAGUGUUUCAUCUUAAAUCAGUUGUGUACUGAUAUUUACAUAUACAAACUGUUAUAAAUUCAGAAAAAAUAAAACCUUCAAACGAAAACGUAGUGUGUGUAAGUCACUAAUUAAAAUUGAACAAAGUAAUUAAACAAAUUAAUGUCUAAGCGUUCGUAUUCCAACGCAAAAACAAGAAUGCGUGCUACAAAAACUGAUAAUGUUAUUAAAGAAAAUACUAAUAAAAAUAUCGAAAUUAAAAUGUGAA